CCCCCCCACCUCCACCUCCACCUCGCCUAUCCGUAGCUGAUCACACCGGUUGGCGCCAAACGGGCAACAAGCAGGAGACGGAGACAGUAGAGACUAGGUAGAGGCUGGAAAGAGCGACAAGUCGAAAGUGGACACAGUCGGAGAACAGGUGGUGGCAGAGCUGGUCGCAAAGGCAUCCAUCCUGUUGAAAACUAGCCGUAUCGAUCUCGACCAAUCGCAUCAAUCUCGACCAACCGCAUCGAUUUCGUUGAGAGCCAACCGCAUCGACAAACCAUAUCGACAUCGCUGAGUUCAACAUCAUCGACAUCAAUCUCAGUCAUUGGCAAAGAUGUCGGGCAAAGGUCGGGCAGAACAGCUUCAGGAUGCGCUGACUUUUGCUCUGGCGCAGGCGUUUAGCAAGCUGACGGCGGAGGAGUUUGUGGCCAAGUUCCCGAGAGCGCUCAAGAGUAGUUCAUCGACAGUUCGCUUUCUCUCCCACUUGCAUGACUCGGUCCAUCCGCUCGUUGCCGCCAACUGCCAGGCCGAGUUGCGGGUGAUUCUGAAGGAGAUGAAGCUGGAGGACAAGCUUGCAGAGCUGGACGACUACGCUGAAAUGCCGCACAAGAGCGAGGUUGCUUCCGUCGAGUGGCAGGAGCAAGAGACCUCGCUAGCUCCGCACGAGAUGGCCAGGCUCCGCCGCAUCCAGGCCAAACUCCGCGAGCUCGCUGAACUGGAUCGCGUCAUCAGCGAGGAGUCGCGAGCCGCAGACGAGCUGGAGGUCGACCUCGCUCAUGCCAAGGAGACCAUGGCCAAAUUGGAGCAGGCCAUCGAGUCGUCCCAGGCCUUUGUCGACGACCUGGCAGCCUCAGUGGCCUCACUCGCCUCAACCAACGAGAUUGCGCUCUCGAUCAUGGCCGACAUGGAAGUCAUUCCCUCGCCGCCCGCCUCUUCGCGGGCCACCACCAGUGCAUGACCCCCUCCUCCCUCCCCCCCCCUCCCCAUCCUAUAAACUGUAUCUCUAGGA